AGAAAACUGCCCCACUCUUGAAGGGGGUUCUCAAAAGACCAGGGCUGAGCAGCUCAUAUUACAAAAUAGGUAUAAAAGGAGAGUUCAUGCCAAGCAAAGGUUGCUUGCCUGGAGCUCCUGCGGUCCUGGAGGAAGCAAUCUGCCAUGCUGCUCCUCAGUCUUUCUGCGCUGCUCCUGCUCACAAUGUCCCUGGGGUCCCUGGGAGCACAAAUGAAGACCUAUCCCCAGAGAACAGAGACCAACAUCUGCACCCUGGUCCUGUGUAGUCCCCUGGAGAAUGGCUUGCCUGGUCGCGAUGGACGGGAUGGGAGAGAGGGUCCCCGGGGCGAGAAGGGGGAUCCAGGUUUGCCAGGAGCAGUAGGGCAAGCAGGGGUGCCUGGACCACUUGGCCCAGUUGGGCCCAAAGGGGACAAUGGCUCUGCUGGAGAACCUGGACCCCAGGGAGACCCUGGACCACGUGGACCUCCAGGUGCAUCUGGUCCAGCUGGAAGAGAGGGUCCCUCAGGGAGCCAAGGGAAUGUAGGACCUCAAGGCAAACCAGGCCCAAAAGGAGAGGCUGGGCCCAAAGGAGAAGUGGGUGCCCCGGGCUUGCAGGGAUCUGCUGGAACUGGAGGCCCCACAGGCCCUAAAGGAGAGAGAGGUGCCCCGGGUGAGCGUGGAGCCCCUGGAAGUGCUGGGGCACCAGGGCCUGGUGGAGCUGUGGGCUCGCAGGGACCUCCAGGUGCCAGGGGCCCCCCAGGACCGAAGGGAGACAGAGGUAUUCCUGGGGACAGAGGACCCAAGGGAGACAGUGGACUUUCAGACAUUGCUGCUCUGAGGCAGCAGGUGGAGGCCUUACAGGGUCAGGUGCAGCGCCUCCAGGCUGGCUUCUCUCAGUAUAAGAAAGUGGAGCUCUUCCCCAAUGGCAGAGGUGUUGGGGAGAAGAUCUUCAAGACCAGUGGCUUUGAAAAGUCCUUCGAGGAUGCGCAGUUGGUCUGCACACAGGCUGGCGGGCAGGUGGCCUCCCCACGCUCUGCAGCUGAGAACACCGCCUUGGAGCAGCUGGUCUCAGCCCACAACAAGUCUGCCUUCCUGAGCAUGACUGACACCAAGACAGAGGGCAAGUUCAUCUACCCCACAGGGGAGCCCCUUGCCUACUCCAACUGGGCCCCGGGGGAGCCCAACAACAAUGGUGGGGCAGAGAACUGUGUGGAGAUCUUUACCAACGGCAAGUGGAAUGACAAAUCCUGCAGAGAGCUGCGCCUGGUGGUCUGCGAGUUCUGACGCUCCCAAUGCGGAGCCUGCCUCAUGUGGUAGGCCCAUUUCUGUGCACUGCUGAUGGCCCAAUAAAACAAUGGCUGCCUCUCCCUGCCA